CAGGACAGGGUCGGAAGGGGACUCCUGGCGGGCAGCUGAGCGCCUGGAGCUGGGGUGCGGGCACUGGAGCAGCGGCUCUCCGCACUAACUCUCCUCGCCUCGUCAGCGGGGCCCCUGCCUCAGAGCCCGGCAACUUGCGGCCGUCGCCCGUGCAGCCUGAGUGCCCCUUGUCUCCCCUGCACGUGUCGCGCCCCGCGCGCCCCGUCUGGCCGCCGCGAUGAGCGAGUCUCUCAAAGUUUGAAGACAGAAGACCCCUAAGCCAGCAGACGUCUCCUUUUCCUCCGUCCACACUGGAAGGGAGAGUCCACAACUUUGAACUGCAGAGGAAACAAAAGUAUACUCAUGGGGAAUUGACAGCUGCUGCCAAGAUGAUGGAAUGGAACAUUGGAGCACAUCAGGCCCAGAGCUUAACACCAAAACAUCCCCAGCAACCAACCAGGCAGCUGGCCCAGAGGAAAAGGGGAGAGCUGGCAAUGCCAAGAAGGCUGAGGAGGAGGAGGAGAUUGACAUUGAUCUGACGGCACCAGAAACAGAGAAGGCUGCCCUUGCUAUUCAGGGCAAGUUCCGGCGAUUCCAGAAAAAGAAAAAGGAUUCCAGUUCCUGAAUAACCAGCCUUACCCUUCACCUUGCUCCCUUCCCUCCCCUUCUCCACAGCUCUGACUCCCAUGUAUCUUUGUCUCCUUGUCCCUCAAGCUUCUCGUUGAGGCAAGUUCAACACUUAUACAUUAUUUUCCCUGGCCUCUCAAGCCAUCGCAGCCGCAGAGGCACAAGGAACACAGGGAAGAUGAAGAAUUCAACAGGCAGCCACUUGCUUAAGGGUGGAAUGUUUUCUCCUUGGGAUACAGCUUCUUGACCAGUACCUGUGCCUGCUCUAUGAGGCUGAAGAGCAAGAGGAUUUGAGGUUGAGAGAGGGACCCCUGACGAUGUGGGAGGGAGGGAAAAGACUUCAGAGUAGGGUGCCCGAGGGUGGGGCAUAUGUUCCACUGGUUACAGCAUUCACACUUCAGGUAGCAUUUUUUACCUUCACAUCCUUCUCAUCAGAACCUCAACUUCCCUCCUAUGAGCUAAGCCACAGUGGGGACUGGAGCCUCCCUUUCUCCUGGGCAGACCUAAAUCAAACUGCUCCCAUGUUAGUGCAUGCUCAGUAGAUUAGUUCCAAGGAAGGCCGACUGGGACUGGUAGAGACAAGGGCAAGUUUCCUUCAUCGUCUAGUCUAGAACCGUAAGGGGCAGAAGUGGAAGAGGUUCAAGGGGCCGCAGGCAGGGAAAUGGGAAGAUUUGGGAAGGAAAUCGCCAGUUGAUUUGGGAAGAAAAGAAAAGUGAAGGAGGAGGAGAUCUCUAAGGACACAAGUUACUGCUGGUAAAGGUGUACCAUAUGAAGGAUUCCUGGGGCUUUGUUAACCUGCCUACCUCUAACCCCUCAUGCCUAGCCACCCCCAGAGGCCACAAAAACCAAGUGACCCUUGUAGUUCCCACCUGCCCCAUGGUGGAGUCAGAGCAGAAGUGGAACAGCCACUCUGUGUGAUUUUAGCAUGUUUAAUAAUUAUGAAAACAAUAAACAAAAUCCUCAAGUGGGGCCUUUUGACCUCUCCUUCUGUUUUUUCUCGGGAGGAAUAUGAAUAUAAGCCUGAGCUGGCCUCAGGGAGGGUGGUAGAGCAACUGCACGGAUUACAUGAUGGCCCAGGAAACUAACACAGACCGAAGCCCUCUCCUACCUUCCUUCCCUGACCUUGUCCUCACCUUGAUUCACCACCCACAUUGUCUCUACCUGCUGCUAUUUCCACCCCCGAUGCUCCCCUACAAGGGUGCUCAUCUCCUUCCCUUUCCCCUUCCAGCGAGCACACGCUUGGUGGAUCUGCCUCUGAAAACAAACCCCAUCUUCCCUUCCUCCCUCUCCCCGAGUGACCUGUGUUAGCUGUCCCUCCUGCUUUGUCUUCCUCCCACGACCCUCCUCCCCUCCCACUGUUUUAUCAAACAGGAGAAGAAGCAGAUGACUCUGGGUCAGUAGAGAGCACCACUGUCACGCUGAAGAUUUUAAACCAUGAAUAAAAUGAUGGCUUACGUUGCUGAGAAAUGAUUUCUAUACAUUGAAACCAGAAGCCAAAUACUUGAAGGUCGAACAAGGAACGCUCUCUCUCCCCCAUUCUCCUCACUUCUUAGUACUGAUUUAAGAAUACGGAAGCUGGAACCAUGCAGCAGCUCUGAAUAGGAAGCAAGGAACUAUAUCCCUGGAAGCAACCUAUAUUACAAAGUUCGUCCAUGCCUAACAAGCCAUGGCUAUAGACUAUCAGGAGGAUUAAACAGUAAUUCAUGGGAAGGCCCUCUUCUCCUGUUGCCAGAGACGAGAAGGAAAUUUUACAUUUGAAAUCUGUUCUGAGUGCAGUAUAGUAAUGAUGGUGGCUUUUAGUCCUGGACUCAGGGGCAAAUAAAAGGAUAUGCUCAUUGCCACACUAGGUGUGUGUCCAGUAUGUCCUGGUAGAACAGGAGGAUUCCCUGUUCUCUGGUUCCGUGGACACAAGAUGGGGAUUAACUGUACUGCACCUUGGUCUGCCCCUAUUAACACUAAAGUAAAACAGGUACUUCCUAUUCCUGGUGAUAUGAGCUUCUGAGAGUUGGCUGGUGCUAGGGCAAUAGUGGCAUUCUCUGUCACCAGCCGUCUCCUAUAGACUCUGCUGCUUGGAGGAUACCUGCUGAUUUGUUUUUUGCCACACUGGUCUGGAGCAUGAUUUUUUUCCCCUUCACUACUACUAGCUCCAGGCUAUUAUUCUUGUUCUCAUGUGUAUUUUAAAGAAAGUGCAUGGUAGCAAAAACAUAGUCUGUUGCUUUGGGAAAGAUAGUUUGAACUGGAAAGAAAGGUUUAGGCAUCUUUUGCUGGACCAGUAGUAGUUCUCAGUAAAAGUUCUGAAAGCUGGUUUCUCUCUGCCCAGGCUACUUACUUCUACCAUAGGGCACUCAGAUUGAGCCUUUCCUCUCUGGCCUAUCUGUAACUCCUCCUUGGGGCCCUAGAAUUCUGUCUCUCUGCCAGAGACACGAUCCUUGAGUACUGAUCACUGAGAAAUUAUUCCCGAGUGCUUUGUUCUGUGGAGCAAAAACCACAGGUCUUUGAGGGAUCGGUGAAUACUCUCAUAAUAAGUGGUUUAGCAGAAGACACACGCAUUAGAAACAGUCGAGGAAGAAAGCAAAUGCAGUUGUCACAUCUAUAUCACUGAUAACUCUUUUGGUACUUUUUUCUCUGUGUAGGAGAGGCAGAGCUGGGAGUAGAGUCUCGUCAAAAGUGAAACAGGUCUGGAGAUCUGAGCGGGAGAUACUUUGAAAUAUGUUCCCAAAGCCCAAACUUGGAGGUGAAAGUCUUGGGAGAAAUUCAGGCGGCUAAAAGGACAAGGAUCCUGCUUCCCUGGACAACCUACUUUCAGGGACUUGGUGUCAUUGCUGGGUAGGGCUCUUGACCUCUCCUUGAACUUGCCCCAAUAUAGAGCCAUCUUCUUCCACUUUGAUCUCUUCCAUCUUUUACUCUUACACUUAACCCCUGUCCUAAUGUCCUUUUUGGGAGCUUCCCUUCCUGUCCACCUCUGCCUCUCUCUGUCUACCCUUGCUGUGUUUCCCUUAUUUCUGGAGUUGUUUUCAGUGGGAGUGACUCCUGGCAGCUUCUUUGAGCAGGGGCCGUACUCAUCCCUGAGAACAAGUUCUCACUGGAAUCACUCUCCAGUGAGCUGCUGUCUUCCACUUUUAAUCCUCUGCUGUCUGUGCCUCUGAAAACUGAGGCUUUGUGGGUCCGGUGGUUUGUUAAGACGGACAUCACUGGUGCCUACUGUUCUGGUUGUUUGGCUGGUAGCCCUGAGUCCAGAUCUGCAAAGGCAGAAACUCACAAUCCACGGAUGUUCAGAAAGUCAGCCUGUUCCCAAGGCUUCAGCAGAGGCUUCUUCAUUCCCUCCCUGACUUCUUCCCUCCUCCAGCCAUUGGGUUAGGGUGGCAUUGACCGCUCUCCCUCCUGCUCUCAGGAUUCUAGUCUCCCCUUGGUAUAACACUAC